GUGGCUUAUUCUGCAGCCUUAAGCGGAACAUGAAAGUCUCACGUGAUGUUGUACCCGGACGAAAACACUGAACGGACCGCAACACAGAUCGAGGGUCAAACAUUGAGGAGAAUGAAUUCAUAGCUUCAUUAAAAUGUCGAGUUUCUCCAGAUCUGCUCAGCAAUGGGCGACCUUCGCCCGUUCCUGGUUCCUCAUCGAUGCUCGGAUGCAGCCUCCCGGCAAAAUCGCCUCCACGUGUUCAGUUCGAUUACAAGGGAAACACAAGCCCAUCUACCAUGCACUGAGUGACUGUGGAGACCACGUGGUUGUAAUCAACUCCAGACACAUAGCUUUCUCUGGGAACAAGUGGGAGCAGAAAGUUUACUCAUCACAUUCAGGGUAUCCAGGUGGAUUCAAGCAGGUCACAGCUGCGCAGCUUCACCACAAGGAUCCAAAAGCUAUUGUGAAGCUGGCGGUUUAUGGCAUGUUGCCUCGAAAUCUUCACCGACGCACCAUGAUGCAACGAUUGCACAUCUUCUCUGACGAUGUGUUGCCAGAUGACAUCCGAGCCAACCUGACAGAGGAGCUUCAGCAGCCCCGAGCGAUCCCCAGGAAGCUGAACGAGUACACCCAGGAGGAGGUGGAGGCGUUUCCCAAGCUGUGGACGCCACCCGAGGAUUACAAGAUGAAAUGAAACCAAAGCGGCUCCGCGUGUCCAGAACCCUGAAAGCAGCCGCAUCCUCCGCUUUAACUGGAACUCUGAUGCUUCGCGUUCUGUGGCCAAAGGGGCAUUAUGGGAUUGAAAAGGACAUCAACUGAUUCUCUACGGUCACACGCGACACAAAACCAUCCCAUUCUUUUGCUGCUGUGCGUCUUCAGCUUCAUUCUCUACGAUCGGACUGUUUUCUAAUCUGAACUGAAGUGUAACACAGACCUUCUCCUCUGAGGGGUCAAAGGAUCCCCCUCACUGAUGCUUGGAGAGGCUGUAGGAGCACAGCUGACCCGGACCUUCAACACUCGCCUUCGAUCAGGCAAAAAUCAGUUUGUUUUUCAUGAUCAUACCUCCAGAAAGAGAUCAAUUCUGGCUUUUGAGGCGGACAUCUGUUACAGCUGGGCCCGCUUUUUAAACGCUUCAACAGGGGAAACCGGUUAAUGCGUUGCUAUGACAACGUCAACGUGCCACAAAUGUUAACUGUGGUCAGACUUGUCUUUGUGUUUUCAUUAAAGUAACACCUUUAUAAACGAGA